UGGACGUGCACAUAAGUACUAGUUCAUGUCUAGUGUACUUUAUUAGUUGUAUUGGAGUGCGGAAAAUAAUUAUUCAAAAAAAUCCUCAGCAGAAAUGAGGACAUUUCUGAGUUUGGCGCUGCUUUCGGUGAUAGGAACAAGUCAGGCGUUACCAGUACCUGCACCGAUAGAAGAUCCUGAAUUAACUCCUGGCUUCUUUGAAGGUGACAUUGUCUUGAGAUCGUCCCAACGUAAUGGUUUGAGUAAUUCUAGUCAAUAUUGGCCCAACGGUAUUGUCUACUAUAAAUUUUCGGAUGAUUUUGAGGACGAUCGUAAGAUUUUUAUAAAAGGUGCAAUGAAGACCGUGGAAGAUGUUUCAUGCGUACGUUUUGUAGAAGCGGGCGAUGACCAGUCGUAUUUUGUCAAUAUAACCGGCAAUGGCGAGGGCUGUUAUUCAACCGUAGGUUUUGAGGAAGGCAUUUCAUCAUCAAAUAUAGAGGAUUCUGAAUUUAAUACGGGCUGCUAUCGCCCCGGUAAAAUAAUACAUGAGUUGUUGCAUCUACUUGGCUUUUAUCAUAUGCAGAGCACUCACAAUCGGGACAAUUAUGUACGCAUAGUGACUGAAAAUAUUAUACCAGAGUUCGAGCACAAUUUUAACAUAUACGCUGAGAAUUUAGUUGAAGAUUUUGGUUUAGAAUACGAUUACGGUAGUAUUAUGCAUUACUCGCCGCUUGCUUUCUCGGCGAACGGUAAACAUACUAUAGAGCCAUUGCAAGAAGUACCGGAAGGUUUAAUGGGCCAGCGUGAUGCUUUAAGCAAGACCGAUAUAAUGAAGCUGAAUCGGAUGUAUAACUGCGGUAUGGAUUAAAAAGUGAAAAUUGAAAUGUUGGCUGGUGAAUAUAUAUAACGUUAAACAUA